UCACUACGAACAAUUCCAUAAUUGAAUGAUUUCAUAACGAAAGAUUUUUCGUUGCUACGUUUCGUUUAUCUACACCCGAUAUAUAUAUAUAUCGAAAUGCUACUACUACAAAGCUAGCUUGUACGAUGCCAGCUCUCCAAAAAUUACACUCACUUUUUCUCUUUCCUCUAACGAGUCUUUCUCGCGCGAUUCUUACAUAAAGAAAAUAAUAGAUAAAAAGUGAAGGUGAUGCUUGGAGAGCUCUCUCCCCAAGGUUACAUUACCUGUGGUUGGAGAAGUUUUCGCGCUGAAAUUGGGCGCAUUGGACACGUUUGGUUUUCGUUUAGGUUGAGCUAAUUUGUUCAACGAGUCUGUAAUUUGAUACGACAAAGCACCACGUUUUACCUGAAAUAUUGAUCGAAGAUAAAAUACUCGCGCUCGUACACCGAAAAUAAUGUAGUUCUUAAUUAACUUACAUUGAAGGCGUUGUAAUUAUUGACUCUGUCUAUUCUUUUUUUCGGCUUUGCUAAUUUUUCAUAUCUUGGUACAUUAUCUUGACAGGCAUCCGUGUUCAUAUCGUUCAUUUGAUCGUUAAAUUAUUAUUUAAUUCAGAGAAGAUUUGCAAUGCUUGAAAUGACAAUAGAAAAUUUAAAGUAAAUUGUGAUAAGACAGAAAAUUUUGAAAACUUUAUUUUAAAUAUGAUAUGUGACAGUGAAGUGAUCGUAAAAUAAGAUAAUUGCAAACUUCAAUUCUUUUCGGCAAUAGAUCAGUAACUGUGAACAAAAUCUAUUUUAUUUUGUGAAAUUAAUCUUUUAAAUUAUUGUUGUAAGAUGUUCAAAAUGGAAGAUAAAUUAACGGAAAAAUCUGUCAUCAAAAAGCCUCGUAAUAAACGAAAAACUUAUUGGUGUGCUCCUAGGAAAGUGAAAAGUAUAAAUAUCCUAGAAAAUAUCGACAAUUCCUUAGACAAAAAGAUGAAAAAAAGACAUCUCAAAAAAAAACGGAAAUCUGUAAGAAAUAUAAGACGUAUCGAUAUCUUAGCACAACCUAAAUGUAUGAAACAUGAACUACAACAUAAGAGACAUCUCUCUAACGCAAACUGUACUAUCAGGAAAUAUAAUGCUAUGAAAAAAUCUAUUUCAUCAAAUCAGAAAAUUAUUGCUUAUCCACAUAAAACUUUAAAAACGAAGAAAUUUAAAGGAACACGUCAAUCCUAUGAUGGAAAUUCUAUGAUGAAUAUAACAUUAAAAGAUUCACCAAUUAUAUUACCGAAGAAAAUAGGUGUUCGAUUAUUUUCUUUAGUAAAAAAGAGACUUAAAGAACUGACAAAUUCCAAAAAAUUGUAAGAAAAAAUAUAUGGAAAAUGAAGGGUUAAAAAUUAUACAUCCUGUAUAAGGAAAUAAGGAAUGGAAUUCAUACAAUUUUGGAUAAAAUGAAAAAAUAUUAUUAUAUGCAGUAAAAUCUUAUCUUAUAAAAUGUCGAAAAAGGACGGAAUAUUAUCUUAGUCUUAAAUUCGCAAAAUGAUAAUAUAAAUAUAUUAUGAAAAACUAUUUACUACAUUAUCAUGUUUACUUAAUUAACGAUGUAUCUGUAUAUAAAGUACAAAAAAUAUAAUUAAUUUGUGAACGUAUUCCACAAAUGCACUAUUAAGGCACUAGUAAAUAUAGCUAAAUCUUCUAAAAAAAUUUCUUUUUCAUCAAAUGCACAACUAUACUUAUAUUAUAUUAUUCAACAAAGAUUCAUUUGUUCAAAAAAAAAUUGUAAAAUAUUUGUAAAAUGUUUUAUCUACUAAACAUAUAACUCUCAUAAAAUCUGGACCUAAAUACGCACUAAAUUCUCUUUUCUCUGGUGGUAUUACCACCAAUUGCUGCGUAGCAUCUUGGAAAAUCAAAUCACUGUAAGGUGGUGGACUGUAAAACAUACUAAAACUAAAUUCGUCCUGUUCUUUUCUACCAUAAAAUUGUUGAGCAUAAAUAAAUAAAUUUAUAUAAGCGUU